AUGGCUGAGAUGAAGUUCACUGGUCUGUCACACAAGGAUCCAAUAGUACACAUUCAAAACUUCCUCGAGAUCAGUGAUACUUACACUCCAACUGGAGUAAACGAGGAUUAUGUGAGGCUCACUUUAUUACCCUUCUCUCUGCUUGGGGAAGCAAAAAUAUGGUUAAACUCAAAGCCUGGAAACUCAAUCACCACUUGGAAUGAUCUAGCACAGAAGAUAUCGCGGGGAAACCAUAAAAGGAACGGAGCAGGGAUGAAACCUAUGAUUCAGAAAACCGCAGUUCAACAACCACCAUCUUGGUGUGAGAUUUGCGGAGGUGAUGACCAUAACGCAGAGGUGAAUACGCAAUCUGAUAACAUGAGCAUGGAGGAGAUGCUGAAAAAGAUCAUGGCUGAUCAAACCCAGUUAGUUGCUGAUGUGAGAAAUAACAUGUUGGCUACACAAAAACUGGAGAAGCAAUUCGGGCAGGGUAUACCUAGGUAUGUGAAAUAUGUGGAGGAGAUUGUGGCGAAUAAAAGGAGGCUAACAGUAUAUGAGACUGUUGCACUUAAUGAAAAGUGCAUCUCCAUAAUCCAAAAUAAGUUGCCCACUAAACUGAAAGAUCCAGGUAGCUUUGUGGUUCAGAUCACUAUAGGGCAGAGCAUUCAUGCUCGAGGAUUGUCUGUAGCUGGGCCUGAGGGUGUUGUAGAGGAUGUGUUAGUGCAAGUGGGUUCUUUGGUUUUCCUAGUAGAUUUUGUUGUGCUGAAUACUGUGACAGAUCUUGAGGUGGAAGCAACAUUAAUCAUCAUGAAAAAGAGGAAAAUAGCUUUGGGGUGGCAAAUGUCCGACAUCCAUGGAAUUAGUCCUGCAUUGUGCAUGCAUAAAAUAUAUAUGGAGAAAGAGCAUAAGCCGAGUGCACAACAUCAGCGGAGACUAAACCCAUUGAUGAACGAUGUGGUAAGAAAAGAGGUGAUAAAGUGGUUGGAUGCAGGGAUUGCGUACCCAAUAUCAGGCAGUAAAUGGAUUGUUAUUGCACCAAAGGAUCAGGAGAAAACUACAUUCACUUGCAUGUAUGCAUUCAAGCGCAUACCAUUCGGCUUGUGCAAUGCCCCGACCACAUUUAAGAGAUGUAUGAUGGCAAUCUUCCAUGAUAUGGUGGAACUUUUUGUUAAAGUGUUCAUGGAUGACUUCUCGGUGUUUGGUGAAUCUUUUGAGCUGUGUUUGACUAAUCUUGAUAGAGUUCUUACCAGGUGUGAAGAAACAAAUCUGGUGUUAAACUGGGAGAAAUGUCACUUUCUAGUUCGAGAGGGAAUUGUGUUGGGGCACAAGAUCUCCAAAAGUGGGUUGGAAGUUGACAAAUCUAAAGUGGAAGUUAUUGAGAAGUUUCCACCUCCCAUCAUAGUAAAGGGAGUUAGAAGCUUCCUGGGACAUGUUGGAUUAUAUAGAAGGGUCAUCAAGGACUUCUCUAAGACUGCAAGACCCAUGUGCAGCCUGUUAGAGAAAGAGAUGAAGUUUGUUUUUGAUGAAAAGUGUUUGCAGGUAUUUGAGUUACUGAAGAAGAAGUUGAUAGAAGAUCCUAUUCUCAUUUCUCCAAUUUGGGAGCUUCCAUUCGAGCCUAUGUGUGAUGCCAGUGACAUAGUGGUUGGGGCAGUGCUGGGGCAGCCAAAAGAUAGGAUGUUCCAUUCCAUCUACUAUGCGAGCAAGACACUUGAUGCAACCCAAUCAAAUUAUACUGUGACUGAAAAAGAGAUGCUAGUAUUAGUGUUCGCAUUUGAUAAGUUCAGAUCAUACUUGGUGGGAACCAAAAAGGAUGCCAAGCCGAGGAUGAUUAGGUGGAUUCUACUACUACAAGAGUUUGAUGUAGAGAUAAGGGACAUGAAAGGAACUGAGAACCAGAUAGCUGAUCAUCUAUCUAGACUGGAGGAUUCAUCUCAUGUGAAAAAUGAGAGGCAGAUUCGUAAAGAGUUUCAUGAUGAGCAAUCGCUUGCUUUGGACCUUGCUCAAGUGCCUUGGUAUGCUGAUAUUGUGAAUUUUCUGGUGAGUGGCUUAUUUCCACUUGGGGCAUCAACAUAUAAAAAGCAGAGGCUAAAAUAUGAUGCACCCUUCUAUAUAUGGGAUGAGACCUUCUUACUCAAGCAGGGACCUGAUCAGAUGAUGCAAAGGUGUAUAGCUGAACAGGAGGCUACACAAAUGUUGGAGAGCUGUCACUCUUCACUAUAUUGUGGACACCACGGAGGCGAAUGA